AUGCUGCCCUGCCGCCUCCCGUGCGCCCUCGCCCUGCUCGCCUCCGUCGCCCUGGCGCUGAGCACCGCGGCCGCCACGCCCUCGGACCCGCGGUUCCGGCAGUUCCUGCAGAAGUCCCUGGCCGCCGCCGCGGGGAAGCAGGAACUGGCCAAGUACUUCCUGGCGGAAUUGCUCGCAGAGCCCAGCCAGUCUGACAAUGAGGCCCUGGAAUCGGACGAUCUGUCCCGCGGUGCUGAGCAAGACGAAGUGCGGCUGGAGCUGGAACGGUCGGCCAACUUGAACCCACCGCUGGCACCCAGAGAACGCAAAGCCGGGUGCAAGAACUUCUUCUGGAAGACUUUCACAUCCUGUUAG